CGAACUCGAAAGCAACUCGAAUCGGCCCGCACUUCAAAGUGCGGCCGCACACCAAUUGCUGGAUUGCGACCGUCUAUGGCGCUUCUUCAUGCAUCAGUUCAAGGACUGCUCUGAGUAUUCCAACAAAAAACGGCCAUGCGCGAGCUUGGGGGUGUCGGCAGCGUCUGCCUGCGCUGCCGCUUCAAACUACUCGUCACAACCCGAGCCCGAGCUCGCCGCGGCAUCUCGACUUCCAGCACUGCGGCUAUCGUCAGAAACCGGGAUAGCGGUGCUCACCUGCAAAAUGACGGCCAGGCUACACCAGCAAUGCCCAUUACUCCCGGGGGCUUGGCCAACGACCCGACCAUGACACCACCGCGGGUCCCUCGAAGCUCCAUCCCCGGUCGUCGCUCAUCUUCUGUCGCCAUGUUCCAGAGCAUUGUCGAAAACCAAACCAAGAUACCCUCAAGCCUCGGAUCCCAAGCAAGCGGAACGGCAAGCAUCGAGCUAGUGAAGGACGUGGCCCGGAUACAAACAAUAAUGGAGCGAGACGGCGCCACACUUGCGGAGGCUUAUGCGUACUUCGAGGAGAAUGUGUACCCUCAGAUCAUCAAGAACGGCGCCGGUGUUCCGCAAAUAGUCAAAAACCAGAUUGCCACGGUUCUCUUGGACAGACUUGCGCUCCUGAAGCCGCGCGACUUCGAGUCGAGCCGUCUUCCAAGCGUCACGCGCAUCACCGAGGUCAUGAUAGAGCUGGAUGUCCUCAGGCCAUCUGCGUGGGCUACCCUAGUGAUUGAGCUCAUCCAGCACAUCUACCGGCAGAAAACGGUUCCAGGGGCGUACGACUCGGUCAAAGAUUACGAGACUGCCAUGGCGCUGCGAGACGCCCUCCUACACGAUCUUCUUGGGGCCUGGCGGGUGUUCUGUGCACAAAGGGUGUCCUCUAACAACAAUUUCUCGAGAUCUCCGCAGACGAACCAGCUCAAGACCAAGUCUUCCCGUCCCGGCGCAGAGCCUCAGCAGCAGAACACACUCCAAAACGCCUUUGGGGCCAUGUUUCCCCAGUACCUGGUUCCCUCCCUGCUGAGGCCGACCUUUGCCGCAUUUGCAACGUACAAGUUGCUGACAGACCCCCUCAAUCGCUCCCGUUCCACCGAGGGGGAGGCAGUGCCGUUCCUCCAGAUGAUGAAAGGGCUAAUCCCUCAAGCCAGGCCACCUAGUCGUAAGGACUUCGAACCAAUAUUCAAUACUUUCCCGGAUCUUCCUCGCUUCGUGUGGCCCAAGAAGCAGGUAAAAGACGUGAGCAACUCAGUUUUGAACGCAGCUUCGGUUUUUGGAGACAAAUCAGACCCUAAGAGAGUCAGCGUCCACCGGCAGCUAGGAGAUGCAAUCAACCGCAGGAAUUUGAGCAUGGUGAACCAGGCUUGGUUGGAGUUCUGGGGUGAUGCGGUUACUCCCGACGAUGCUCGAAUCAGCGAGCUCGCAAAACGCUCCGAGAUGUUCGACUACUUUAUCAUGGCCUACACCAUGAUGCGGCGGCCCCAGCAGGCCAUUGAGGUCUGGACCAGCAUGGAGCGCGUCGGCAUCAAAGCCACCAUCAAGACAUGGAAUUCAAUGCUCCAAGGCUGCGCGAAAGCCAACAAUGCACAAGGCAUCAAGACCGUCUGGGACAAACUAACAAAGUCCGGCAUGAAGCUGGACAUCGCCAUCUGGACGGCCCGCAUCCACGGCCUGUUCCUCUGCGGAGAGGCCAGCGCCGGUAUCCGCGCGCUCGACGAAAUGGUCAAAGUCUGGGCCGCCCGCGAAAACCCUCAGUACGCCGCCCUCGCCGUGCAACCCACCGUCGAGCCCGUCAACGCCGCCCUCGCCGGACUCCUCCGCCUCAAGCGCAGCGGCGACGCCAUGAAGGUGCUUGCCUGGGCCUCCAAGCAAGGCAUCAAUCCCGACAUCUACACCUUUAACACCCUGCUGCGCCCCCUCGUCCGCCGCGGCGAUAUGGAGGCCAUCGACGAAAUCUUCGCCACCAUGCAGAGCAUCAACAUCCGCGCCGACGUCGCCACCUUCACCGUCCUGCUGGAAGGCACCCUCAACCACAUCGGCGACCUCCCGCCCACUCAGCAAGUCGCCAUCGUCGAGCGCAUCCUCGACGCCAUGCAGUCGUCGGGCAUCGAGAUCAACAUGCAGACCUACGCCAAGAUUCUCCACCUGCUCCUCCGGGAGGGGGACCGCGCAGGGGAGCCCGUCAAGGCCGUCCUCGCCCACAUCUGGUGCCGCGGCCUCGACCUGACCAGUCACAUCUACACCAUGCUCGCCGAGCACUACUUCUCGCGCGACCCGCCCGACACGGUGGCCGUCACGGCGCUCAUCGAGAACAGGAGGCUGCACGAGAACAAGGCGAUCGACCGCGUGUUUUGGGAGAGGAUGAUCAAGGGGUAUUGCCAGGCUGGCGAGACGAGGCGGGCGCUCGAAAUUUUUGAUCGCGUGUUUGUGCCGGGAACCAUGAUCACGUUUGGGACGCUGUAUGAGUUGCUGCGGCCGUUGGUGGUUGCCGGGGAUGCCGAGGCGGCCGUGAGAGUUGUGGAAGCGGCGAGGAAGAUUGGCAGGGCGGAUGAUGAUGCGGUGCCUAAGUGGAGGGGGUCGCAUGGUGAUGUCGGGGAGGGCAAGCGGUAUUGGAAACAUCGGUUUUGGCAUCUUGCGUAUGAGCAUGGGUUGAUGGGGGAACAGCUGGCUGAGAGGUUUCGGGAAGCUAAUCUGUAGAAGGGGAAUUUACAUUUGGGCCUGUAUUUGUGAGAUCAUUGUUGGAAGUUAUGUUUCCGUAGACAUAGUGACAAUUCUGUAAACUGUUCUCGCAUACCUACCUCUGGCGUGUGA